AAACUCGAAAUUUCGUUUUUGAUUUCGGAAACUAGUUUGUAAUUUAGACAAUUUUCACUAUCGCGUUGCAUCCUGGGUAAACAAUGGCUACUCCCGGAAAUUCAAUCGGCAUGAGAACAUUUGGAGAAAGACCGAAGUCAUUUCAAGUAGAAGAGGGUGGUGAAUACUAUUAUAUCGGAUCUGAGGUUGGCAACUAUCUGCGCAUGUUCAGAGGUUCACUCUAUAAAAGGUACCCUACAUUAUGGCGAAGACUCGUUACUUUAGAGGAGAGAAAACGUAUCGGAGACAAAAUUCCGCGCACUAGUUCAACUGACACAAAGGGCAAGGAACGAAAAGUUGGUUUAGGAGGUCAACAUUCUCUAGCGACAAAUAUUACCCUACUGCGAGCACAAGAAGUGGAAGACAUUUUUGAAGGACGUGAUGAGAAAUAUCGAGCCGUCUCAUUUUCUUCGGAACCAAUUGAGAAAAUAACAAGAGGAGACAGUGGAAAAAGUAAACGUGGCAGUAAUUGGGUUCCCACUGUCCCGAGUACAUCUCAUCACCUCGAUGCUGUCCCGAGUUCGACACCAAUUAACAGAAACAGAAUUGGAAGAAAUAAAUUGCGAUCAUUCCCUUUAUGCUUUGACGACUCUGAACCUGGACCAAUUCAUGAAAAUGCCGCCCAACCGGAAGUCUUGGUGCCCAUCAGGCUGGAUAUGGAGUUUGACGGACAGAAACUCAGAGACUGCUUCACAUGGAAUAAAAAUGAACAACAGUUAACACCUGAGCAAUUCGCAGAGCUCCUUUGCGAUGACCUUGACCUCAACCCGAUCAAUUUCAUUCCGGCUGUAGCGCAGUCAAUUCGGCAGCAAAUUGAAGCAUAUCCCACCGAAGAACUCCUUGCGUCAUGUGACCAGCGAGUAAUCCUAAAGUUGAACAUUCACGUCGGGAACAUAUCAUUGGUAGAUCAGUUUGAAUGGGAUAUGGGUGAACGAGAAAACAGCCCAGAAGAAUUUGCAACAAAACUUUGUGCGGAGUUAGAUCAGUUUGAAUGGGAUAUGGGUGAACGAGAAAACAGCCCAGAAGAAUUUGCAACGAAACUUUGUGCGGAGUUAGGCUUGGGUGGGGAAUUUGUCACAACAAUAUCUUACAGCAUUCGUGGGCAGCUAAGUUGGCACCAGCGAACAUACGCAUUCAGUGAAGCCCCAUUACCAACAGUUGAAGUUGCAAUAAGGAACCAGCACGAGGCAGAUAAUUGGUGUCCUUUCCUGGAGACCUUGACUGAUGCUGAAAUGGAGAAAAAGAUACGUGAUCAGGAUCGAAAUACAAGGCGUAUGAGGAGGUUGGCAAAUACCGCACCAUCGUGGUAGUAGAUCUGACACAUUGAGGACUUUUGAACUCAGGACUUUUGAACUAUGGACUCCAAAUGCUGUCAUGGCCUUAUCAUCAGUCCUUAUAUUUGAAAGAUGGUAGUUCUAAUUGUAGGACUUUUAAGAUGCUACAAUAAUGAAGAUGGACAAAAGGACUAUCAAACGAUGUUGUAUGUUGUAAACAUUAACGUGUAAUAUUACUGUAAAAAUCUCAAAAAUAAACUAUAUUUCAUUAGACUGUAUAUAAAAAAAUUGCUUGACUCUUAAUCUUUUUUUAUGAAUUGAUUGGAAAUCAUAAUCAGUAAGC